CGCCGAACGAAGGGCUGGUCUCAUUUUUCUUCUUGACUUUACAUUCACUCGUUUAAGCUCAGCUGUGGUGGUCACUCAUUUUCCCCGCCUAUCCGCUCGUUAACGUGCCAUCAAAAUCAAAGCACCCCUGUUCUAUCAACUCGCUUACUACACUAUGUCGGAUUCGAAGGACUACAUCAUCGAAAUUGGAGAGACGAACUCUAUUGAACUCGAUGAAAAAGUACCCAUCAAGGAUAAUUGGACAGCCUCCAACGUUGUAGAGAGCGUGUCGGCAUUUAUUUCGGAUUGGACACCGUUUGGUCUUGUCGCUUCAUACUACGUCUUCUCAACAUGUCUCUACAUGUACUGCAGCGAGGGCUUGAUCGCAAUCUUCUGGUUCAUUUAUAUGUGCACAAACUUCUACAUUGCCGGAACAACUGUCUUGGAGGCGUUUUUCAGCAUCACUCCCUGUCGAGAGGCGAGGAAGAUUGUCACGCAGGCUCAAGACAAAGAAUGGCUCUUUCCGACAGCGAAUAGCAAUCUCCCGAUUCUGGAUCUCAUCAUUGUGGCAUACCUUCCGAAUGAGCAAGAUAUUAUCAUGGACCGCGCCAUAUACGCUCUCGAGCAACUCGACUAUCCCAAGGAACGGAUUCGCAUCAACAUCGUUUAUAACACACCAAAAUCAAUUGAACCAUUGGAGACCGACCUACACCAACUGCCUCUGCGAUACCCCCAUGCUAGGAUUAUCAAGGUUCCUAACUCGACCUCCAAAGCGGACAAUCUCAACUACUUCUUCACUUUGGACACUGGGUCAGAUCUCAUAGCCAUCUACGAUUGUGACCACUACCCGCACCCUAAUAGCCCGAGAUGGGCAGCCGAACGGUUCAUGGCUGAUCCAGAGGUCGACAUCGUUCAGGGACGGUGCAUCGUGUUCAAUUCCACCGACACCUUCCUCACCAGCAUGAUCGCAGUUGAGUUCGACAAGAUAUAUGCAGUUUCACAUCCUGGACGCUCUACGAUGUGGGGGUUUGGACUCUUUUGCGGUUCCAAUGGCUAUUGGCGAACUUCAGUGCUUCGCGAACUGAGGAUGGACGGUUCCAUGUUGACCGAAGACAUUGAUUCUGCAUUGCGCGCCUUCUCACGCGGCUGCAAGACGGUUCAUGAUCUCAACGUCACCUCCUACGAACUCGCACCUACAACCUUCAGUGCAUUCUGGAAGCAGCGCCUUCGAUGGGCUCAGGGCUGGGCACAGGCAAGCAUGCGACACCUCAAGAUGGUCUACAAUGGCGUCCAGGACCCGUUACAUGAGGCGCACUCGAAGCGCAACUUCACGGCUCGGUUCGGUGUACUCUCGCUUCUACUCAUCCGCGAAUCGUCCUAUUACCUAGUGACGCAGUACGCGUGUCUGGUAUUAUCGUUUCUUAUCGUCAAAUUCCCGUCGUCGGGCGAGGAACUGUGGGGGCUAGUCUAUUUCCAGUACCCCGUGUCACAGUGGCUUUUUAUCAUCAGCAUCACUUGUCUAAUUGCCACACUUUGGAUCACAAACCAGGUCAAAUCCGAGUUCGUCUCGAGGAGGAUGAUUAUUCUCUUCUCGGUUCUUUACCCCUUCUACCUUAUGGUCAAUGCGACUAUUGGGUUGUACGGACAUGCACGGCAGCUUGUCAGGUAUAGCUCCUGGAACCCGACUGCGAGGAAGUAACGUAUCACCAAGGGUGCACUGUGGAUUCUCUGGGAGUCAGGCAUACGUCCGAUCGUUGCGAUUAGGCCAACAUCAGGAUAGGGUAGAACGGUAUCUGAUUGCAUGUCAACUUAAAUGUCACAUGAAAUAGUAGAAGAAGCAAUUGUAAAUGUUAAUGCGCAC